AUGAGUAUGCAUCCGAGUACUGUAAAUUCACUAUCCGAACUGAAAUGCGGAAAUCCUUGUGAAUUACUGAAAAUCUAUCAUUAUGUGUUCUUGGAUUAUAGUCCAGCAUUUGCCAAAAAAUUAUUAUCAAAAUGCAAUUGUGAAUUGUAUGCUAAAACAGAUAGUGGAUUUAUUGAUUCGAUGUAUAAAGCAUUACGUGAUUACUUCAACUAUAAACCAUCAUUAACGAAAGAUCAAUUUUUUACAACGGGAUUUGCUGAAAGAAAAUUACAAAUGGCGUGCGAUAUUAUCUCGAUGAUAAAAAAUGAAUGUAAAGAUACAAGUCAACAACAAUCACAACAUAUCAAAAGGCCAGUAUCAACUUUAGUUAAAACCUUUGACAAAGAUGAUAAAUAUUCAAAGGCUGUUUCAACUUCACAACAACAAUUUCCUACGUUUUAUCCAUUACGUGAUAUGGGCUUGGAAAUGAAUGAUAAUGUGAAUCAGCAGUUACAGCAACAAUAUGCUGUUAAUAAUGAACAAGAUCAUGGUCAAGAGAAUCAAUUAUUGACAUUACCACAACAAAAAAGAAUCGAAAAUUGGUUAAAUCUUUCACAAUUCGAUCAUGAGAAUAAUGUUAUUAACAAAGAAUCAGUUGCUUGCCAAACUGACACUGUGAAUAAUUUAACAACAAUAAGUCGACUUGAAGAACAAAUAAAAAUAUUAAAAACUAAACUGGAAGAUGUUUAUUCUAGACUAGAUAAUGUAACAUUGUUAUUACAAGGAAAAAAUUUAUCUUCGUCUGAUAUUCCAAAUUUUAAUGCUCGUUUAAUUAUUAUUGAGAAUGAAUUGGCUUUGUUGAAAAAUAAAACUCCACUUGAUUCUAUCACACAUUUUCAAAACACAAAUAAUGUUGAAAACAAAGUGAUCGUCGAAUCAAAAAAGACGCUAAGACCCUGCGUACCGCAAGGCAUUCUUGCCGAUUAUGCUUACACUGGCGAUGAUGAUGACAAUGAUGAUGAUGAUAUGGUACAGUAUACUGUUAGUAUUUUUCAAAACAAAGUUCAGUCGCGUAAACAUCAAGUGAAUUAUCAGGUUUAUACAUUUGAUGUUGUACAUUAUAUUUAUAAAGAUAAAAUGCUGUCAACAGUAACCAUCUCAACAAAUAGUUUCUUUGACAAGUGUAUUCAGUGUCAAAAGAGUUUUAAAAAUGAUGAUAAAACUUUUUUUGAUGCAAUCUAUCAUGUAGGUGGAAUAAGAUUAGAACGUUUAUUAUGCGAUAAAUGUAAAUACUCUAGUACUGACACAUGUGCUAUUGAACAAAUGACAUUAGUAUCAACGGUUAAAAAAUAUGUUAAACAAUUAAAAACACAUAUGAAAGAAGACGCGACAAUAUUAAAUAAUCAGCCAUCAGUCCGUAUAUCAUCACCAGAUGGUGAUCAAUAUAUAUUAGAUAAACAAAUCAAAGAGCUUGCUGAUGGGAAUGUAACAUCAACUUACUGUCAAGAUCUUUAUUGUAAAAAUUGUGAUAUAAUUCUUUAUAACGAUAUCGAAACUGAUAAAAUUGACAAAGGGAAACAUUAUUGUGAUAAAUGUGACUGUAAUUUAUCAACAAAAUUACAAAAAACGACUGUCGAAACGAAUGAUGAUGAAUAUUAUGUGGCUAAUUUGAAGACGAAAGAAUCAAUAAAAUUGAAACGACGACAACCAAAUUUUUUCAAUUUAAAUAAAACAAAUAUUCAAUUAAAUUACAUAACAUCACCAUCUCAAAAUACUGUCGAGAGUUAUGGACAAAGAUUAUUUUUGAAGAAUAAAAAACGUUUAUCAGAUAAAAGUAAAUUGUGUCGCUAUCUUAUCGAUAAUAGUGAUGGACAAAACGUAAAAGAUAUUCAUAUUCAAAAUAAAAACUCCUUGAAUAUAUCUGAUUCAAAAAUCUAUCGUCCCAUCUUACAAAAAAUAAUGACAAAUGAACAGAAUAAAUCAAUAGUGACGAAAUGUCAAAGUGAUUUUAAACAAAUAACUGAAGAUGAAAUGAGAAUGAUCGAUAUCACUCAAGCACAAACUGAAAUAAAACGAAUUCGCGAUAAAAAGCAAGAAAAACAACAACAAUUAUUAGAGCAACGAAAUAGUGCACUAUAUCAUUGCCAAGACACUACUACUGAAACGUCUUCUAGUGAUGAAAAUACAAUUAAACAGGAACGACUUGAACAAGAACACGAAGAGGAGAAAAAUCCAUGUAGUUUGGGGACAAUAGUUAAUCGUGUCUAUUCUCAUGCAAUACCUACUCAACAUCACCCGUUCGAAUUGUUCUCCUCAAUAGGCGUACCUUUAAUAUUAAUGGCUGAAAAGAAUGAUUCAAUCAUUCAAAAUGAGACUAGAGAAUCGCUUCCAAUUGAACAAGACAACACAUUCAUAGUUCAAAAUGUUAAAAGUAAAUCAAUUCCUUGUUGUAAAGACAAAGAUUGGGAUUUAGUUCAUGCGACAAAAGAUAAAUCAUGUCUACGUUGUCAUACGAAAUUUACACGUUUUGAUACUUAUUAUACACAUUCAACAUCAAAUGAAUAUUAUUGUGAAAUAUGUUGGCCAUAUCAAAAAACAAUUGUUGAUCAUCAACAAAAAUAUAUACAACAACAAGACGAAUUGAAUUUCAAAGACAAUAAUACACAUCGAUUAUUGAUUUGCUGUAAUUUAUGUGGUAAACAAUUUUUAAAAAUAACAUCGGAAAUAAUUGGCAAUAAUUAUAUACAUCAAAAAUGCUUAGAUAAACAUAUACAGUAUGAUAGUAAAGACAAUUUGAUAAAAGAUUGCUGUCAAUCAACUGAGUGUUUAGCCCGUGUAUUACAUAUGAUUUGUUGUGAGAAAAGUCAAGAAUCAAAAGAGAAUAUUAUGAUACAGCAAUUUCCAAUAAUAGAAGAUGGAAAAUUCAAAUUAUUGGAAGAUUUACCAAUUACAUAUGUACAAAAAUUUGAUUUAGAAUGUAAACAAAUGAAAAAUAUUGAACAAUGUUCACUGUUAAAAGAAAAACAGCAACAACAACGUUCUAAACAAUUCACUUCACAAAUUAAGACAAAAUCAAUUGUUAGCUUCGCGAAAAUUAACUAUUUAUAA